CGUUUCGCUACCAUUAAUCUUACAGUAUAUUCCACUACACUUAUAAUUAAUCGUGUUUUGCUAGAAAGAUGAAAUUCGUAUGUACAUAUACAGCAGAUUCAUCACAAUAUUUGUACCAGGGGAGACCCGCACAAUCUUCCAGAAUUUUAGAUCUUUGUGCAUUUUUCACCGUGUAGACACUGGACAGUAUCACAGAACGUGUGUACUGAAACGUUUCCAGACUUUCGAUGGUGACAGUACUUAGUUAAUAGUUAAGUAUUUUGUGCUUGUUAAUGAUGCUCGCACAACAGCUCCGUAAAUUUCUUAUCGCUGCACCUGCAUGGAUGCCUGAGGUGAUGCAGAGGAGUAUGUCCAGCACGGUUUGUGGGCCUUCGGAAGAAAUUAUCAAGUCCUUGAAAACAGUUCUUACGGAUCGAGCCCCGGUCACGUACGGCACUUGCGUCAUCCCGCCAAAAGAUUUUGGCUUAUUUUACGGGACGGCCAGUGGAUGCACGGCACGGCACAUUUCUCUGCUGAACACACAAGCCGAACAAGUGGAGCUGCUGGCGCGUGCUUGUCAUGCGGCGCAUUUUGGCCUGAACAAACGGGACGGUUAUGAAGCAGCAUUUCACAUGGCUGAGAAACUGACACUGGACGUCGACCAUUUCGCUGCCAAAUUUGAUGUGGAGCGCUGCGGUAUUUUAGCACGGGUGAAGAACGACCUGCUCGGUCGCCACAACAUCGCCAAGUCGGUGGAGUGUGAGCUCUACAAAUUGAAUGUCUUUCGCAAAGGUGACAGCUGGAGAACAUACAAUGGCACGCCGGGCAGCGCAAAGAUGUUUGGAUCGCUGGUGAUCGUGUUCCCUAUUCCGCACACGGGCGGCAAGUUUAUUCUGCGCCACGGCGGGAAAGAGUGGUCGUUCGAAACCGGAAGGAGCUGGCCGCCACUGCACGUCCGUCAGUCGGCUACGUUGCUUUCCGCAAUGACGUCGAACACGUUAUGGGCCCUGUCUUGUCGGGACACCGCGUCACGCUGACCUACAACCUGUACUUCGGCGAUAGAUAUAAUACUGCUCAGACAGGUCUGCCGAAGUCGAAAUCCAUCCGUCAACAGGAAAAAGAGUUUAAGAAGGGAAUGGAGCAGCUGUUGGCAGAUCCCUUAUUCCUUCCGCACGGCGGCUGCAUUGGUUUCGGCCUGCAGCACGAAUAUCCACUGAGCGCCAGCACGGUUGCCGCGAGUUUCGCUGGGCGUCUGAAGGGAAGCGAUGCCGUAAUCGAACGCGUAUGUAAGCAGUUAGGCAUACCUAUUGAGCCGAAGAUCUUCACCAGAACCUGGGACAUCAACAGAAAAGAUCGCGACCGCUACCCCGAUCCGGAAAUGGAAGUCUUAACUGACCGGGUAAUGGAUUUUUCGGGCCAGCAAGAAGUCCAAGAAGACGAGAUGGUUAAGAUGUUUAUCGGAGA